UUGUGUAAGUACCGUUGCUGUGAACGCGUGUAAGGACAUCUUCGGAUGUUUUGGAAGAAAAUAAAAUCGAUCAUAUGUACGCAGUAGUUUAUAUAACGGCGUAACCGGCGAAGGGAUCCCGACUCAGUUUAGAUUCAAUUCGUAAGCAACCGUGGAAGGUGAAACAUGGCUGGCCGUUUCCGUGAGAGGCAGUAUCAACUAGCAGCGGAGAAACGUAACGAGGCAUAUCUCAGACACACUUAUUACAAGGAGACAGCGAGAUAUUUCGAAAGAGAAAGUGGAAUAGCCAAACAUUACGACUCUUGGAACUUGAAGCUUGCUGAUCCGAAGGGUAAGCUUGAGAGGGAAGCUAAGAAAAAAAAAAAACUUGAUCAACUCCCAGCAAGGAGAAACAAAUUGAGAAUAUUAUUGAAGGAUGAGGAAGAGCUCUAUCAAAACGAAUUGGCCGAAUUGAUUAAAAAAAAGAAAUCUAAAGAAAAUGAUAUAACCUCGUUGGAGGUUCUUAAAAAGAAAUUAAAAGAAAAACGUAUGGAACAAGAUCUUUAUUUGCCUAGUACAUGUCGAAGAUUACGUUCGUAUUUCCUUGAUCCUAGACCAAUUUCUUCUUCAAUUAUUAGUUCGAAUAUUAAUAUUAUUAAUAAUAGUAAUAAUAAUAAUAAAAAAAAGAGUAAUAAUAAUUCAAGCGAUUUUGCGGAAUGUUUUCAUUUGAAAGAUUCGACUAAUUUACCUAAAACAAAUCAGGAGACUUAUCGUACCAAUUCGACCUAUAACAGCGAUAUGUCCAAUUGGAACGAUCAGAAGGAUCGAUCUGAUAGAAAUAUUGAUUUUUUAGCACGUAAUAGAAAAUAUUCAGCACGUUAUGCACGUAGGAGUUUGGAGAACACAAAUGUCAGGCCUGGCAAUGAUAUUUUCGACAAUUUAUCACGUCGUUUACAGGCACCAAUGAUGACUACUACGACAACUACCACUACGGUUAGCAAGCAGGUGAUGGAUGAUGACAAAGAAAAUCUUAAUGUUGACGAUUCAUCUACUUCGAACCAGGAGUCUACGAACGAAUCGGUUGAUCAGGUGGAUUCCUCGAUCAUUCCGCAGGAUGUUUCUGAUAAGGAUUAUACAUUGAACAGAACCGAACAAGAGAUAUCGAUCAAUAAUAUUGCGAACGAUAAGCAAAUAAAAACAGAUCAUUGUGAUUAUGAAAGGGAAAGAGGUUAUCCGUGGAUGAGGAUGGAUCCUAAUGUUAAAAAUCUUUCCGAAAAAAUGUAUCUUUAUUUGACUUACAAAGAGCUCAAAGAGAAGAUAGAUGAUCUAUUGAAAAAAGAGGAACAUGCUUGCAAUAGACAAAGAUGGGACGAUGCUAUCAGGUUAAGAGAUAUGAAGAAUGAAUUGGAAUUGAUUAGGGAGAAAAAGAUCUUUAAUAUGAAGAGUCUUACCAUGGAUGAGGAUAUUAGGGAUAAGGCUCUUAAAAAUAUCGAGAAGAGGGAACGUGAACUUGCUCUUCGGGAGAACGCUUGCACUGAUACGUCCAUGUAUAGCGACGGUGCAAAGGUGCUAUGGGAGGAAUGGGUUAAAGAGGACGACAGAUUCGUGAUUAAGGAUGCCUCGACUCAAAGGGAAAUUCUGAUGAAGGUUUUAGAAGAGGAAUUUCAAAAUUUGGCUGUUGAGGACAGGGAACGAAUCGCCAAGACAUAUCAAAGUGUAUUCAACAAUUUGCAUUUGGAAAAUCGACGUCAUUUCAAUGCGAAUUUGGUUAUGGAGGCCAAGUCAGAUUCUAAUAGAGCCGGUGAAGCAUAUUAAAGAUUAAAAAGAUAUAUAUAUAUGUAAACACAAGUAUGUUAUAUAUGUUAGAUCAGGCAUUUUUUGCUUCUCGUCUCCUUUUAUCUCUUUCUCUUUUUGUCUAUGUUUAUCACUGCUUCGCAUUUCUACUGUCGCUAUCAAUUUGUGGGAAAUCUAAUUUAUCUAAACUCAAACUAAUACAUUUGAAAGAAAGUAUUGUCAUUUAAGACUGUCAGAUUAAAACGAUAUGUGUGUGUGUGUGUGUGUUUUAUAAGAUCAUUUAUAUAUAUAUAUAUAUCUUUUUUUUAUACAUAAUUUUUUUUCCUUUUUACCUUUUCUAGUUGUUUCUAAACUUUUAUUCGUAUUAUUAUUAUUAUUAUUUUGAUUAAAUAAAAUUGAAAGUUCGAUUAGUAUUAUAAAGACUGUAAGUUUAUCGUUGUAUUCUGACCCCUUCGAAUUUGAUAUCUUUUCUUUCUUUAUUUUUUUUUUUAUUCUCCCUUUACUAAUCGUUUCUAAAUUAUUAUUUUGAUUAGAAAUUGAAGGAUCGAUUAGUAUUAUCAGGAUUGCAAGUUCGUUGUAUUCUGACUGUUGUGAAUUAGAUAUGUUCCAGGUAUUUUUUUUUUUUUCUUCUCCAAUCGUUCUUAAAGUGUUAUUAUUAUUUUGUUUAGAAAUUCGAAGAUUGAUUAGAAUUGUUAAGAUUGUUAGUUUGUAAAUUAGUUAUAUAUCGUUAUCCUGCAAAUUUGAUAUGUGCCAAUUGGAAUUAUCUAAUUAUAUUUAAGAGACAAAUUUUUAGCGAUCUAAUCUGCCAUUAAUUUUAUAUAUUAAUUAAAAAGAUCUCUAAUCAAAGGAUAAAGCAUAAUAAAAGAAAAACUUUCAUACAAUGUUGUAACGUGAAAGUAUAAAAUAGUUAUGUAUAUGUAAAAUGCAAGCUAUAUGGAUCAUAUUAAUAAAUAAAUAAAAGUUAAUCGUGAUAAA